AUGGCGUCUGCAGGCCCUUCACCCUCCGUAGCACCCGCAUCACGGCCGUCUCAAAGUCAAAGAGCAGACAGUAGUUCGAGCUCAACAGCCGCUCGGCCACGGAACGACAAAAGGCGUGCCGCCAACCUUCUCCGCGACUACUAUGGCCUUUCAUCAGAGGCGAGCUCAGCACCGCCGACCCCAUCAAUAGCCAGCGGCAGCGACGGUGGCUUCUCCUCGGAACCCAAAAUCGACCUUGGUUCGCUUUUGCGAUCAAACAGCUUGAGCGUUCUUCUCAGCAAGGAGUCGGAGCUCAUCGUUCAGAUUCGUGAACUGGAUGGAGAGCGUCAGAGCCUAGUCUACAAUCAUCAUCACGAGCUCGUCGCUGCAAGCGACACAAUACGUAACAUGAAGAUCAAGUCAGAAUCCCUCGACCCCUGCCUGGAGUCGCUCAAAUCUUCCUUCGAAUCAAUGUCGAACCUAUCCUCUCACCUUGAAGUGCUACGCAGCUCUGCGCCGCACACGAACAGAGAGUCUGCAGCGGACGCUAUUGAUCCGCUGCGUGACUUUGAGCCGAUUGUCACUCUACCUACGAUGCUUUCUGACAUGAUCGAAUGUCGCGUCGAUACAGGAGCUGCUCUACGCGGCCCAGAAUCAACGGGUCAGGACCUGGAAGCAAGAAAAGCUGGACUCGCCCAAGCUGAACAUCUGUGGGGUACCAUGGAGCCGGUUUUAGCGGCUUGGACUGAUGCCGGUGUAGCUGGUGUGCGCGAGAUUGCUGCAGAAUGUCGAAGUCUUCUCAAGGAGGGACGUAAAGCUAUCGGGUCUAGCGUUUCAGCUCGAGCAUCGUGA